GUCUACAAACAUCAGCACAAGCAUUUCUCCUUCUGUUUGAGGAAGUGUGAUCGCCAGCACAGGAAAGUAUUUGUUGCUGAAGAAUAUGUGAUCAUAUUGAACGUACACUAAAUGGAAUCAAGCAAAGCUCAUAUCUUCGAACACUGCGCUAGUUACAUUUGGAAAUGUUUCAAGUUGUUGUGGUUUGCUGCUGCUGGUUGCGGUCUUUUGCAAAUUGAGGUAUCUUCCUGGACAUAUCAUGCCAGCCCGAUUGCUUUGCCGUGGCAUGAGUCGCAUAUGUGGUGCAAAACCAAAUUCACUGAUUUGGUGGCAAUCCAAAACCAAAAGGAAAUUGUUUAUUUAAACCGGACCUUUCCAAAACACAAUUACUGGAUAGGUAUAAGAAAAAUAAACAACUACUGGACCUGGGUGGGAACUAACAAAACACUCACAAAAGAGGAAGAGAAUUGGGCAUCUGGCGAACCAAAUAACAAAGGAAAGCAGCAGGACUGUGUGGAAAUAUACAUUAAGAGAGAUAAAGAGAGCGGGAAAUGGAAUGAUGAUCCUUGCCGCAAGCAAAAGAAGGGACUGUGCUAUCAAGCCAAUUGCAAUGCUUCAUCUUGCAGUGGACAUGGAGAAUGUGUGGAGACCAUUGGACAUCAUACCUGUAACUGUAUACCGGGUUUCUUCGGACCAGCGUGCGAGCAUGUGGUAACAUGUGAUACAGUACAAGAAGUACCUAAAGCAUCAGUGAGCUGCAGACACCCUUUUGGGCAAUUUGCCUAUAGUUCCUCAUGCCUUUUCCAGUGCAAUGCAGGAUUUCAGCUGAACGGUUCAAGCUCUAUCGAGUGCUCAAAGCAUGGAAACUGGACAGAUAUGAUCCCACAAUGUGAAGCUGUGGCAUGUGAAGCCUUGAAGAGACCUUCAGACGGAUCGAUGACCUGUUCUCAUCCUUUUGCUGAUUUUCGUUAUAACUCCAGCUGCUCUUUUGGUUGUGUUGAGGGAUUUGUAUUAGAAGGACCAGAAUCAGUGCGGUGUCAGGCUACAGGAGAGUGGUCAGAUCCAGCCCCAACAUGUGCAGCUGUGGCAUGUGAGCCAUUGAAGAGUCCCUCUAAUGGAUCGAUGACCUGUUCCAAUGUCUUUGCUGAUUUCCAUUUUAAAUCCAACUGCACCUUUGAUUGCAUCGAGGGAUUUGUAUUAAAUGGAUCAGAAUCAGUACUGUGUCAAGCUAUAGGAGAGUGGUCAGAUUCAGCCCCAACAUGUGCAGCUGUGGCAUGUGAAGCACUGAAGAGACCUUCUAACGGAUCCAUGACCUGUUCUCAUGUUUUUGCUGAUUUCCAUUAUAACUCCAACUGCUCCUUUGGUUGUGCUGAGGGGUUUGUAUUAGAAGGACCAGAAUCAGUGCGGUGUCAAGCUACAGGGGAGUGGUCAGAUCCAGCCCCAACAUGUGCAGCUGUGGCAUGCAAUGUACUGAAGAGACCUUCUAAUGGAUUGAUGACUUGUUCUCAUCCUUUUGCUGAUUUCCGUUAUAACUCCAGCUGCACUUUUGGUUGUGUCAGGGGGUUUGUUCUAAAAGGAUCAGAGUCUGUGGUGUGUCAGGCAACAGGAGAGUGGUCAUAUCCAGUCCCAACAUGUAAAGCUGUGGCAUGUGAAGCACUGAAGAGACCUUCUAACGGAUCAAUGACCUGUUCUCAUAUUUUUGCUGAUUUCCAUUAUAACUCUAGCUGUACCUUUGGUUGUGACAAGGGGUUUGUAUUAGAAGGACCAGAAUCAGUGCUGUGUCAGGCUACAGGAGAAUGGUCAGAUCCAACCCCAACAUGUGCAGCUGUGGCAUGUGAAGCACUGAAGAGACCUUCUAACGGAUCAAUGACCUGUUCCCAUGUUUUUGCUGAUUUCCAUUAUAACUCCAACUGCUCCUUUGGUUGUGCUGAGGGGUUUGUAUUAGAAGGACCAGAAACAGUGCGGUGUCAAGCUACAGGGGAGUGGUCAGAUCCAGCCCCAACAUGUGCAGCUGUGGCAUGCAAUGUACUGAAGAGACCUUCUAAUGGAUUGAUGACUUGUUCUCAUCCUUUUGCUGAUUUCCGUUAUAACUCCAGCUGCACUUUUGGUUGUGUCAGGGGGUUUGUUCUAAAAGGAUCAGAGUCUGUGGUGUGUCAGGCAACAGGAGAGUGGUCAUAUCUAGUCCCAACAUGUAAAGCUGUGGCAUGUGAAGAACUGAAGAGACCUUCUAACGGAUUGAUGACCUGUUCUCAUAUUUUUGCUGCUUUCCAUUAUAACUCUAGCUGUACCUUUGGUUGUGACAAGGGGUUUGUAUUAGAAGGACCAGAAUCAGUGCUGUGUCAGGCUACAGGAGAGUGGUCAGCUCCAACCCCAACAUGUGCAGCUGUGGCAUGUGAAGCAUUGAAGAGACCUACUGACGGAUCGAUGACCUGUUCUCAUGUUUUUGCUGAUUUCCAUUAUAACUCUAGCUGCAUCUUUGGUUGUGCCGAGGGGUUUGUAUUAGAAGGACCAGAAUCAGUGCUGUGUCAGGCUACAGGAAAGUGGUCAGAUCCAGCCCCACCAUGUGCAGCUGUGGCAUGUGAGUCACUGGAGAGACCUUCUAAUGGAUCAAUGACCUGUUCUCAUCCUUUUGCUGAUUUCUGUUAUAACUCCAGCUGCAUCUUUGGUUGUGCUGAGGGAUUUGUAUUAGAAGGCCCAGAAUCAGUGCUGUGCCAGGCUACAGGAGAGUGGUCAAAUCCAGCCCCAACAUGUGCAGCUGUGGCAUGUGAGUCACUGAAGAGACCUUCUAAUGGAUCCAUUACCUGUACUCAUGUUUUUGCUGAUUUCCGUUAUAACUCCAACUGCUCCUUUGGUUGUGCCGAUGGAUUUGUAUUAGAAGGACCAGAAUCAGUGUGGUGUCAGGCCUCGGGAAAGUGGUCAGAUACAGUCCCAACAUGUGCAGCUGUGGCAUGUGAAGUAGUGAAGAGACCUUCUAACGGAUUGAUGACCUGUUCUCAUGUUUUUGCUGAUUUCCAUUAUAACUCCAACUGCACCUUUAGUUGUGCCGAUGGAUUUGUAUUAGAAGGACCAGAAUCAUUGCUGUGUCAAGCUACAGGAGAGUGGUCAGAUCCAGCCCCAACAUGUGCAGCUGUGGCAUGUGAAGCACUGAAGAGACCUUCUAAUGGAUCCAUGACCUGUUCUCAUGUUUUUGCUGAUUUUCGUUAUAACUCCAGCUGCUCUUUUGGUUGUGCUGAGGGAUUUGUAUUAGAAGGAACAGAAUCUGUGGUGUGUCAGGCUACAGGAGAGUGGUCAGAUCCAGCCCCAACAUGUGCAGCUGUGACAUGUGAAGCAUUGAAGAGACCUUCUAAUGGAUCGAUGAUCUGUUCUCAUGCAUUUGGCGAUUUCCGUUACAACGCCAGCUGCUCCUUUAAUUGUGCCAAUGGGUUUGUACUAGAAGGAUCAGAAUCUGUGAUGUGUCAAGCUACAGGAGAGUGGUCAGAUCCAUCACCAACAUGUGCAACUGUCUUGUGUCUGGCUCCCGAGUUUCCCAGUUAUGAAUGGGUUAACUGUUCUCAUCCAAUCAAAAACUUUAGCUAUACAUCAGUUUGCAUUUUUGCCUGUAAACCUGGAUUUACAUUGAAUGGGUCUCACAAGAUCGAAUGCACAUCAUCGGGAGUAUGGAACUCUUCCCCUCCAAUUUGUCAAGUUCUAGGAAAUCAGUUGAAAUUUGGGAAGCAGCUCUUUAUUUACCUUGGCGGAUCAGUGGCAGCUGCUGUUUGCCUUAUUGGCUCCGGAAUUGCAAUCGCAAUUACGAUAAAUAGAAUGAAACAGAAAAAAAAAAACAGUUAUCUGAUGCCUCAAACGUAA